AUGUCAUCAGUCGUGGCUCCACCAUUGCCGGGCUCAACUUCUGACGUGCAUUUCGACGAGGCCGACGCGGCCACAUCUACGCAAACCUCGCCCGCAAUGUCGAUCCCAAGCUCCCGCAUUGCGAACGACUCUACCCUGCUCACCACCUUCGACUCGUCUCCCGACAGCCAGUCUCAGCAGCUUGACGCCCCUCAUCAUCAGGACAAGCUUGACCCGUCCGCCGCUGCGUUUCAGCCCAUGUCGUUCCCCGCAUCAGCAUCGUCACUACAAAGUGGAGCUGCUGCCGUUUCCAAUGGUCCCGAUCGCGCCUUCUUGCCCACUGCCGCACCGAUCUCUGCGCCAUUGGAUAGCGCUGCUGCCACCGGCGAGCACGGAGUCAGUCCCGUCAUCAAUGCGUACAGAUCGCCCUAUCCACCCAGUCCUAUCUAUUUUGUCACGGUGGUGCCUCCAGAAGACUUCCUUCUGUCACCCGAACUCAGCCAACAGGAACGCACUCGUCUUGAACGCGGCUCACUUCUGCCACUCUAUCCGACACUCGGUGGUCAGCUCUGGGCCAUUUCGCGCGAAUUCGCUUUGCCAUCGCUGGGAGGUUUGAUGCUUUACUUGGCCGACGACGGACAAGGCAACCGAGGACCGCGCAUCGGCGAUGCAGCAUGGCAGGCGCUGUGGGCGAGGUACUUUGCCGAAGACGAAACACCAUCUACGUCUGCGUCCAAACCAUCGGCAGCUUUCGCUCCCAGUCGGCGCUCCUCGAUGGCAGCCGGUGAUUCGUUCGUCGGCACAUCCGCUUUCUCGAGCUCACACGCCGCUGAUCUGUCGCGUUCGACGCUGGCAGAAGGUUCCUCCAGCCGUCCCAGCAUUCCUUACGUCUCGGCACGUCCGUCUCCCAGGGUGGAAGCCUUGGCCUUCCCUCGCCGCGACACUUCGGCAGAUUGGAGUCCAUCCGCUCGCAGCGCUGCGUGGUCGGGCCAUGCCUCCUCGUCAGCCAGCCGCAUUCCAGCUCCUGUAGUGCCUUUUCCGCAGCUCCCCAUCCUUGCCCGCAUCGAGUGGCAGAUCGACUCGAGCAAAGCUGCCUGGUGGCCCUCCUGGAUCACUUCUCGCAGCAGAGUGUCCCAACGUCCUGCACACAAAACCAGAAGGAGUCUGCAUUUGGCCGACAGUCUGGCACAACAAUCCAAGCGAGAUGAGCUCGAUGAGCAUUACGACGACGAAUACGACGGCAACGAAGCUGACGAGCUAGAUCAGGAAGUCCAGGCUCGUCGAACUAGCCCGUCAUUACCGCAACGGUGUCGCGAGCCCGAAACACAUGCCUCCUCGAGCCGACAUAUCGAUACAGCCGCGACUGCUGCGUCAGUGUCUCAGCCGGCAUCGCUCGUUUACACGCCCGAAGAGGUUCCACUCCCUCCGUCUCCCUCCAUGUCAAUGCCUCCCAUCACCGAGGCAGACGAGAAGCGAGAAUCCCUCCGUUCUCUAGGGAGAUCUGCGUCAGCUCGGUCGCUAGCUCAAACCCAGGAUCAGCAAGAUGUCGUCAAGAACGAACAGGAAGCAGAGAGCAGCCCGGCCGCGCCGCUCGCUCCCGAACGCCACUCGCCUCUGGACGAACCGCUUCGUUCUGCAAGAGCAAGCAUCAUUUCGAUGAGCUCCUACAAUUCGCGACCCAUGUCUUCGCUGUCGAAUGCCGCACCUCGGCUAUUGUCAAGCAGCGCGUCCGACGAGCUGCGCGAUGGUAUCCCAUCCGAACCAGCUGUUGUGGACGAGUCUGCGUCCAUCGCUCCCUUGCAACCCGCCGAAGCUAGCUCGACAAUACUCAGCCAUCACGAGACCUCGGACCAGAGCCGCACCGGCUAUUCGGAGAUACUCGAAGCCGACGACGAUGACGACCGAGUGACUGACAGAGAUGGCGAAUACAGUCUAGAUCCCCUCGACCCGGCGCAGGACGCUGGGUACUCGGCUCUGCCCGAUUCUCCUGCCGGCGAGACUCGCGCAUUGCCAGAUCGACAAACUGUUGGCGAUGAGGAAGAGCAGGCAAGCUUCCCGCACGAAGGAUUCCCGCUCCGUCACAGCUUUAUCGUCGACGCUGGCGACGAGCUCAUGUGGCGUGACCUUCACCAACACGAUAUGGACCAAAUGUUCCCCGAGCCCCGUGAGGAGCCUCAAGCUCAGCGAUGGCAGCAUGAUCAAGCCAAACAGACACACGCUGAGCAGCCUCCCCCUGAUGCUGACUUUUUGCCGAGCGGCGGCCACAUUGGUGCGUCUCUCUCGCGCGACCAGCCCGCCCUGUCGUUGUGGGCCCCGGGCACAUUCCAAGAGGAUCACCAAGAGGCAGCCUUCUAUCGACACUUCGACCCUGCCGGUAACUUUGCGCAUGACGCCUACUACAGUCCUCAGCGCUCCAACGUCGCCAGAAUUCAAAGCUGGAUCGGCAAGACGCCCACAGGUCCGCCUGCCUCAUCUGGCGGCCUUGACGGCGACAAUGAGCAUCAAGACCCGGAUCUGCAGCUGCCGGAAGAGUCGGACUUCGACGAGGUCGUCGGCCUUUGGGCUAGCAAGGUCCGUCAAGACCCGUAUGGCAUUCCACACAUCACCGGCCCGACGGAAGCUUUGAGCCACGACCAAGGAGCAGCGAGCGUUGCCGUUGCACAGCAGAAGGCUCGCUCAGCAGAGACGCAUGCUUCAGCAACCAACAAGCACGAAGGCGAGGGAAACAGCCUGGCGACGGCAUCGGCUCCCGCGGUCUCGCUCCUGAGCCCCAUCCACCUGGACGCUGCAGCCUUUGACGGCGUCAAGCCUCAGUUGGGCAGCCUCGCCACCACACAAGCGCCCCAGCUCCUGAGUCCGACAGCAGUGGCUCACGCCUUUGACACGCCACGGGCUCCCCAAAGCCAACGAUCCAUAUCUACGCCUAUCAUCCAACAGCACCCACCACCGUCACCAGGCUCGCUGGCACCUCCUCUUGACCGCAGGCCCAGCAGUGACAGUCGUCGUAGCUCGGGCGAUCUCAGCGAUAGCCUCGAAGAGAUGCAGAGAGCAGUCGAGCUUCUCAGCCCUGCGUGCUCGCCUAACCCAGGUCUAGGACAUAGCCAAGAAGCCAACGGCCGCAAGAUGUCUAGCAGAGACAGUCUUGCCUAUGCUCGAAGCAUUUCGGCCUCUGUGACACCCAGCCCCAAAUGGUUCGCCCGUGCCAAAGCGGCGACCGCCAAAAGUCGAAGCAACGUUCGCAGCACGUUCGCGGCAGGAGGCAGCCCUUUUGAUCGCGGACAAGUGUCGCCCCGUCCUGCCAGCACAUCCGCCGUCUCAUCAUCGCGUUUCCGCGUGCCCGGCUUCCCAGCGCCCCUCAGCUCAUCGCGAUUGAUCGAGUUUGCCCAGGUGGAAGGCAUGCAUCGUCAUGCCAGCACCGAGGUCGGCGAUGCAGAAUCGACUCGCUCUGCGGGCACCGUGCAUUCCAUCAGCGACGAUGCCACUCAAAGCGUGCCGACCAUGAUGAUCAUGCCGGUAGUCAGCCCACAGACAGCGCAACACGUCCAACCUUCUGGUUCGUCCGUGCAGUCGGUCGCCGCCGAGAUGGUACAUUGCGCUUCAACGACUAUUACCUCUCCGAAGGUCGAAGAGCAAGAGCAUGACGAGAACGAGAACGAACACUUCGCCUAUCGCCCUACCAGGGUGGAGGAAACGACCAAUGAGACGGUUGAGCCCGCCUCGUCCCCUAUCUUGGCCCCUAUGGACCAUCUCAAGUCGUCGGCGCCUUUUGAGCAGGAGGGCGAAGCAGAGGCAAAAGACUCACAGGAGCUGUCGAGCAUCAUGGGCGACAACGACGAGGACAACAUUGCCCGGAUCCAACACUUUCUGCGCGGCAACGUCGUUUCCGGCGCCGACUCGGACGCUUCGUUCUUGCAUGACCCGUCCACUUCGUACAUGGAGCUACAGCAUGGCUCCAGCGCCGACGGCACCAUCAUUGAACGAUCGCACAGUCUCGGAAGCGAUCUGCGUUCUGCCACCCCCGAGCAGCGCAGUGGCCGAGCACACGAUGACCCGACCAAUGCGGGGAAGGGGGACAGCGAGGGCGCUACGCAGCCUGAUGCACACUUGAGCAUGGAAGAGUCACCUGCUGUGGAGCGAUGGAGUCAAGCCUCCUACAUCACCGACCAUUGUUCGCAUCACCAGCCUUCGACGUGUUCGCCCGACUCGAACAGCCCGAAACGAGGUCCGCGCCACGACAUGCGCGCUCCCAGUUUCGCGUACGACGCACACCUCAGCUCCGAGCCCACGACGCUCGAUACGCAGCUCAGUAGCGCUGCCGAUGCCACAGAUGGCGAAGGCUUGUCGGUAGCCGACCAGGUGGUCAAGUCGUACCUGUCGAGUUCCCCCUCGGAUGAGACGUUCUUUGCUUCGAAUGGGCCUACUGGCUCGCUGCGGACGCAAGCAGAGGAGCAACAGCGAGAUCGCCGCCAGCAGAGCCAGCAGGACCAAGCAGCUUCUGGCAUCUCGGAGCUGGAUGUUGCGAGCGAAGGUCAACAGCAAGGAACGCUGAACGAAGCGCAGUCGAGCAACAACAUAGCUUCACAGAAUCCCGCAAGCUUUGAUCCUCCCGCGACGAACUCUACGAAGAUGAAAGACGGUCCGAUUCCAGUCCUGGCUUACAAACCUGCCUCUUCGCCUGUCUAUGCCGACGUGUUUCCCGUGCAGCGACCUCUUGCUGGCACGCACGAUGAUACGCUUGACGAGGAAGAGAUCCGGACGAUGAACGAAGACACCCGCGCUGCAGUGCGUGAGGCGCUCUCGCAAUCCACAGCGCACCACGUCAACAUCCCACCCGCGGUUGCACCCCUUAGUUCCUCAGCGGCGGGGGCUGGAUCCUAUUCGCCCAAAUUGUCGCUCUCUCCCACCGCUUCACCUCUGUCAAGCCACUCGUCUCUCGGCGACCAGUUUCGAAGACGCGGAUCGGCCUCGAGUCUCAACUUGACCUCUACCGGCGGUGGCAGUGGCAGCAGCGCCUCGUCGCCCAACUUGAAUGGCAGCAGCAAGCGUAGACCAUCCCGACUGAACCUCGAUAUUGAUGGUCUGUCGCGUUCGCCUCCCUCGAACGCAGCGUCCAAGGCAAGGUUGCCGUCGACCUCGCCCAGGUCGAGCGAUCUCAACAUGUCUCUGCUGCGACCGUUUCGAGCGAGCGAUCUAUUCCGCUUCAACAACGUCAACCUGGAUCACUGGACAGAGACGUACACGCUCUCCUUCUACCUCUCCUACCUCGCGCAAUGGCCGGAUCUAUCGUUCAUCCAGACCGCACCCUCCUCCUCACGUACCAUGGGGUAUGUAAUCGGUAAAGCUGAAGGACGCGAUCACUCUUCCCCCACCUUUUCGCGAAGAGAUCCACCGACGCUGCACGGUCACGUAACUGCCAUCACCAUCGCCCCCGAAUACCGCCGUCUCGGUCUCGCGAAAGGCUUGAUGAAUCUCCUCGAAGACGUAUCCACACGCGUGUACAACGCCUUCUUCGUAGACCUCUUCGUCAGACCCAGCAACAAAAAUGCCGUCACCAUGUAUGAGGGAAUGGGCUACGACGUCUAUCGAAAAGUCACGGCGUACUACUAUGGUGGCGGAAAAGCGGGUAUGGACGAAGACGGGUUUGAUAUGCGCAAGAGUCUACCGAGGGAUAGGGACGGGGUGUGUACGAGGAAGGAUGGUAGACGAUUUGCGGUCGAUCCUCAGGAUACGCUGUUCGAGCCUGCGUAUCGGCCAUGA